AGCUUACAUGCCACCUUCAUGAGCCAAUCUCGGCCCUACCUGGAGAAGCCAGGAAUUGAAUCUGAGGUCUUCUGCAUGCAAGCCAGUUGCUCUACUACUGAGCUACAGACUGUCUGCAUUGUGAAGUUAUAGCGUUUUAUCCAUAAGCUUGUCACAUGCUCCCAAAGGUCGCCGGUACAGCAGCUUACACAGGACAGGCCUGGAGAGGCCAUGUUCUGUUUUGCCAGUUCUAUAAAAAUGGCUACUAAUUAUUCCUCUUUGUUUCUUUGUUUAUCGGGGGAGAAAAAGAGCCGUUGGUCCCUGCUCAACAUCUUUCUGGUCUGCCUCUUGGCCUGCGCCAUCACCACUGUCUUAGGGGUGCUGGUUUUGUCUCUGGUCUAUACUGCCAACACCAGCUUCAAACCAAAAUAUGAUGCCAGCGCAGAAAAGCAUAGAGCUGCUUCCCCGGGAACUUCGAGAGUAACAUCCGCCCAGGUGGACCCCAAGUUCCAGUUUCUCCACCAGCUUGCUAAAGCCAAGAAGCACGAGUUCCUGGGCGGUACCAUUCAGUGGUCGAGAUUCCGGAAAAACGCCAAUGAGUACCAAAACAAGGAAGAGAUGGAGUUUGGAAGAAGCAUCAAUGCUCAGCGCUCCAAGAUGACGUUUGGGACUUUACGGAUUAAGAGCAAAGGACUACGUGCACCACACUGGCAUUUCAAUGCCAAUGAGCAUGGCUACCUCUUAAAGGGCACUGCAUGGAUUGGGGUUGUUGAUGCUGGUGGAGAUACCGUAACCACGUACAACGUCACAGCGGGCCAGGUCAUUUUCUUCCCUCGAAACACGGUGCAUUGGCUCAAGAAUGUCGGUACAGAAGACUGUCUGUUCUUGCUGUUCUUCACAACCCAUGACGAGCUUCAAACUCUGGAUCUGGAUGAUACGUUUUUCUUAACACCUGAAGACAUAGCAGCAAGGUCACUAAAGCCUCAAGGUGGAGUGGCCUUCAUCAGGUCUUUCCAGAAGCAAGCAGAAGACCAAGCCGUCAACCUUCCUCCAAACCUAGCAGAGCUCGUUCAGAAUCCCAACUACCAACAGUCCACAGACCCGUUUGUGUGGCGGUACUUCUUUGACCUCAAAGGGUCAACCGAGUUCCGUUUCCCCGGGGGGAUAAUCCAGUUUGCACGGUAUGUGAAAGAUGGAAAAGGCUUGAGUACGAAUGAAAGAAUUUACAGCGAGUUUCUCCAUUCAAAGGAAGACGCUCUUACUUUGGGGACACUCAGGAUCUAUAGCAAUGGUCUACGGCAGCCCCACUUUCAUUUCAAUGCCAACGAGAUGGGAUACGUCAUCAGUGGGUGUGGAAAGGUAGGCAUUAUCGUAUCUCCAUCACUCACCACUGACUUCACCAUUGGCGUUGGAGAUGUCGUGUUUUUCCCCGUUGGAACCCAACACUACAUCAAGAGCACAUGCGACGAAGAGUUGCUUUUCAUUUUGGCAUUCAGUACUGCGAACCAGCUGCAAACCCUUGACAUGGAUGACUAUUUCCACCGCACGCCAGACCAUAUACUAGCCCAGCUUUUCUUCAAAAAGCAGGACGAAUUUAAGAAGAUUCCACAUUUUAACGAGGAUCAGGCAAUUAAUCUACCGUAGCAGCUUCACUGCAGCAACGAAAAAGUCUGCAUGAAACCAUUUGUUAUUAAUAAUGUUAAUGCUGCCUUGGAAGAGUUUUUCGAGUUGUUAUCUACUUCUUCAUAAAGUAAAAGGAAUUGGGGCUUGCAUUGCGUUUUCCUAAUAAUAAUUGAUUUAUACCCUGCCUAUCCAGUUGGAUUUCCCCAGCCAAUCUAGGCGGCUUCCAACAAAAGAUUAAAAAUACAUUCAAACAUCAGUCAUUAAAAACUUCCCUAA